UGACCAACUCGCUCUCUUUGAGCCUCCGAUUCGAUUUAAUUUUAAGCCCCAGAAGAAACACAAUUGAAACAAAAUGACACGACAUCAGAGAAAUUGCACAGCAGGAACUGUUUAUACAUAUCAUGAAAGACAAAAGGACGCUGCUGCAUCGGGUUAUGGCACCAAUAAAGCUCGUCUUGGGAAAGACUCGGAGAAAGAUUUUGAUUGCUGUUGUCUCACCUUACAGCCAUGCAAGAACCCUGUCAUCACGAAAGAUGGCUACUUGUAUGACAAGGAAGCCAUCUUGGAGUAUAUUCUCUUGAAGAAAAAAGAAAUCAAACUUCAGAUGAGUGAAUAUGAGAAACAAAUCAAGAAACAGGAGAAACUGGAUGAAGAUGGAAAGAAAUCACAACAAUUGAAGAGAGUCCAAGACUUUGUUGAAUCAGAGAGUAGCAUCAUGGGCGGAGCCUCUUCUGCUAAGCGAGCAAGAACGGGCGAGGCGUCGACAUCGAACGGUACCAAGUCGGUUUCUAACAUGAUAGAUGGGAGAAAUAAAGAAUUGCCUAGCUUCUGGAUCCCUGAACACACACCGGAUGCAAAGCCAACCCUUGUCAAAAAACCUGACAAGACAAUCUACUGUCCGAUGAGCAAGAAUCCUCUUUCUCUGAAAUCACUCAUUCCUGUCAACUUCACACUAGUAGAUGAGAAGGAUAAGACACCACUAGUUGCUAAGAGAGAGAGAUUUAAAUGCGCAGUCACCCAUGAUGUACUCUCCAACUCAACGCCGUGUGCUGUACUUAAACCAAGUGGUAAGGUAGUGACAAUGGAAUGCAUCAAGAAGCUCAUCAAGAAAGACAUGAUUGAUCCUUUUACUGAAGACAAGCUUGAAGAAACAGACAUCAUUGAAUUCAAAAGGGGAGGCACAGGUUACGCCAGCACUGGGGCCAAGGCAGCAGAGAAGGCUAGACCUGUCAUGAUGGCCUCAUAGUCCAGACUUUAUACUUCAGUUCCUAGUCCAGCUCAUCACUCUGCAGUAUGCCUGUUCAGACCUUGAUAUCUAUCCAGAUCUAAACAUGGAUCCUUGUCAAGCUUGUCAUCUAGAGUCUAUCCACUAAUAGGAUUUAAAGCAAGACCUUAAUUUAAACAUUGGACCUGUCAUGUUGGCCUCAUAGUCCAGACUUUAUACUUCAGUUCCUUGUCCAGCUCAUCACUCUGCAGUAUGCCUGUUCAGACCUUGAUAUCUAUCCAGAUCUAAACAUGGAUCCUUGUCAAGCUUGUCAUCUAGAGUCUAUCCACUAAUAGGAUUUAAAGCAAGACCUUAAUUUAAACAUUGGACCUGUCAUGUUGGCCUCAUAGUCCAGACUUUAUACUUCAGUUCCUAGUCCAGCUCAUCACUCUGCAGUAUACUUUGAGUCCUAGUCAGACCGCGAUCUAAAACCUAGAUCUGACCCUGGAUCCGAGUCUACGCCACCUCCUUGUCUGGAUUCUAAGCCAGAUCUUGUUUUAAAUCGUAGACCUGUCAUGAAUUGCAUCAGAGCCCAGACUCUAUACUCUGGUUCUUAGUCCUGCUUAUCACCAAGGAGUAUAGUAGUCAUAGUCAGAGCAUGGUCUAAAAUCAACAUCUAAGCCUGGGCUCUUUUUUCAUCACCAACCUCUCCCAGACUCGACUUCAUAUUCUUGUCUGGAUUUUUAAGGCCACCGCACACCUUACGAUUGCUCUGCGACCCAAUUUAGGAAUAAAAUCAUAAUUUAAUGCUAAUGUCAAGACCUAUAAUAUCUUAGUAUGUAAAGUUCUAAAUCACUGUAUGAAUACCUAUUUUCAAAUCUGUGACUAUCCUAUCAUCCUUAUUACAUUAAGGCUAAUUUAAUAUGUAGUCAUAAUAAUGACAUAGCAGUCGUACGAUUGGCUACGAUUUGAAUCAAAUUUUGCCUUUAAUCCAAAAAUACAGGCUUGCAAUCAUCCAAAACUGUUAUAAUUUGAACCUCAGAUAUAUACUAUUCAUUUGCAUUUUCAGAAAAUGAGCAAGAUGCGAUUUUUUCCAAAAUCGAAUUUUGGACCAGUCAUAGGGUGUGCGGUGGCCUUAAGACAGACAUGGAUUUAAAUCAUAGACCUGUCAUGGUCAGAACAGGGCCCCCAAUAAUAUUGUUUUUAAUUUCUUUAUUUUAUUGUUUGUAGGAUGAAACGUGUUUCAGAAUUUGAUUUUAAUCAAAUUCAUAUUAGAAAAUCAGGUUGAAACGGCUUAGGAUGAGAAAUGUUGUUGCAAUUUAUGAAUAUGAGGACUCCUAUCUUUUAAAGAGAGGGUUGUUCAAGUCGCACUCCAAGCAUUAAUUUCCUUUCGCAAGAAAUUUACAGUAUCCAUAUUGUGCUGCACUAAACUCGGGUCAGAUAAAAGGAACCUGACAGGAAUUCAUUCCUUGACACCCUGAGUGUGUAACAGCAGGCGUCCGUUGCAGAAAGAGUUGUGAUCAAACGCAACUCGAAAAAUCUUAUCCAACUCAAAAAUCUUGCGCAACUUGAUUCCAGCCAAUCAGGCACCCGCAUUUGGGACUUGCGCUUGAUAUUUUGACUUGUGUUACAUUUAUUGUAGAGUGCUUAGAGGCUUCUGAUAAAGAGAUGCUUAGCACUUAUCAAGCAAAUUAUGAUUAUUACUAGUAGUAUGUUUGGUUGUUUGUAUUCAUAUUCCUUAAAAAAAUGUUUUUUUUUACUUGACAUGACAAAAUGAGUCGUGUCCCUGUUAUUCCUUUUCAUAAACUUGAUACGAUACCAAAAGCUUUGUAAGACAAGAAAGUAUAAUUUGUCCAAUGGCAUGUCAUGAAUUAGAGCUGCCAAGUAGUACUGAUUUUCAGUAUUUAGUACUGAAAAAUGAGAAGAAAACUGAUGGUUUCAUGCUAAAUACUGAUUUCUAAAGUUUAAGUUUUGUGUUGUCCGAUGGUAUUUCUUUGAAAAUACUGAUUUCCUCACCAAAAUACUGAUUUUCAGCUUUAAAAAUACUGAAAUGUUUUUUUUUCGGGUUGGCAGCUCUGAUUAGAUGUUAAGGUCCACUUAUAUAGCACAAUCUUCUUUGCUUGAUAUUUGGUAUCAUAUUACCCUGGAUGUAGCUUAGCCCCUGUAUCGAUGCUAAAGCAUUCAAGUAAUAAAUCCUACCUGUUCACCUCUCCUGGGUUGAGUGCAGCACAAUGUGGAUCAAUUUUUUUGCUGAAGAAAAAUAUGUUUAGGGACAGAGAAGUGACAAUUGUUAAGUACUUGAAGGGGGGGUGGGUUGCGUUUAGGGUUAAAAAAUCACGAUUGUCAUUUAAUCUGGAUUGAAAAGAAGAAUGCUAAACCCUAUAUAGCCCUGGCUAUUUGGAAAUAUCUCAGCCAGGCAAGGGAGGGGAUUUUUUGGUUAUCAUUAGAUUGAAUGCAAUAAGUUAUACAGUGUAUAUGAAAAGCUUAAGAUCAGCUCUAUUAAUCAUAAUUAAUCAUAACAAAUCUCAAAAAUUCGUUUUUUUUUACUUUAAGGGAUUUAGAUGUAUAUGUAGAGUACCACUGAGCAAUCAUUUUAUCUCAUUUUAUUUUUUUACAAAGACUGCAAUUUCAAGAACUAUUUUAAGAAACUUGAUUUUGAUUACAAUUUUUGUCCCAUUAUUUAGAUAUCUUUGAUUAAUGAUAAAAUUAUGUUUCAAUCAACUUUACAAACUACAUACCCUGUAUAAAAUGUAGAUAGGCUUUAAUUGUAAAUAAAAUUAUGUGUAUGAAAUGU